UCCUAUCAUUCUUUCUCUUCUUUGAAAACAACAUGAACAAGGAUUUGAUCUCACCGCUAAGAUGAAACCGGAAGCGUAUUUCCUCUCCGGGCAGUUAUUUGUAGCCUAACGUGCGUGUCAUCACUUUGAAUGAGUGUAUGACAAGUGUCCUCCUCCUCGCCACCGGCGCCGGGCAGCGGUGGCACUCCUAGCUAGCUAGCUAACUAGCUAGCAAGCUAGCUGUAGCGAGCUAAACCUUUCCUCAGCACAUUUCAUAACCAAAGCGGCGGAAGCUAACAGCUAGCAUCUUUGACUGUCACAAGACGUCGCCGUGUUAGAUCCCGGUUGUCUGUGAAGCUUGUAGCGCGGCUGACAGCUGUCAGGUCAAUAACGUGUAGUCCCUAUCUCUCUGACACUUGGACCCCCCCUCCUCCCCUCCCGGCAUGGCUGCAGACUCGAUGGAGAUUGACGACUCUCUUUACAGCCGCCAGCGAUAUGUGCUGGGAGACAGUGCUAUGCACCAGAUGGCCCAGUCGUCAGUCUUUCUCAGUGGAAUGGGAGGACUGGGAGUGGAGAUAGCGAAGAAUAUCGUCCUGGCCGGUGUGAAGGCAGUCACCCUUCAUGACACAAAGCAAUGUGAGACCUGGGAUCUGGGCUCCAACUUCUUUAUCCGCAAAGAGGAUGUGUUGAACAACAGAAAGAGGGUGGAGGCGGUGUGCCCUCGGGUCGCAGAGUUGAACCCCUAUGUUCAUGUUGACAUGUCAUCCUCUGCCCUGGAUGACAACACUGAUCUCAGUUUUCUUAGCAAAUAUCAGUGUGUGAUUAUGACCGAAGCCAGGUUGAACCUACAGAAGAGAGUAAAUGAGUUCUGCCACUCACAACAACCCCCCAUCAGAUUCAUUGGUUGUGACACAUACGGCAUCUGUGUGCGGGUGUUUUGCGAUUUCGGGGACGAGUUUGAGGUGUCCGAUCCCACAGGAGAGGAGCCCAAGGAAAUUUUCAUCCAAAGUAUCAGUCAGGACAGUCCAGGUGUGGUAACAUGCAUGGACAACCAACCCCACGGCCUUCAGACCAGCCAGAGUGUUGUUUUCAGAGAGGUCAAUGGCAUGGUGGAACUCAACGGCACUGCACGACAGGUCUCAGUCCUUUCCCCUCAUAGUUUUGCAAUAGGAGAUACAUCCCAAUUACAACCAUAUGCACAUGGAGGUUUCUUCGUCCUGGUGAAAACCCCCAAGACAUACACAUUUGAAACGAUAGAGAGGCAGUUGUGUGAUCCUCAGGUCCUGACACCAGACUUCAGUAAACCAGAGGCUCCUCUACAGAUCCAUGCGGCCAUGUUGGCUUUGGACACCUUCCAGGAGCAACACAGCAGACUUCCCAACAUCGGGUGUUUACAAGAUGCUGAGGUUUUACUGAAGCUAACUGAGGAAGUGAACGCUACUCUGAGGAACAAAGCUCCUGUUAAUGCUGAGCUGGUGAGCUGCCUGUCGAGGACGGCGAUGGGAACUCUUCCUCCUUUAGCUGCAGCUGUAGGAGGCCUAGCCAGCCAGGAAGCUCUCAAGGCCAUCACAGGGAAGUUUGCACCACUACAGCAAUGGUUUUACCUCGAUGCCAUCGAAGUUGUUAGGCCACUUCAGUCUCUUACUGCAGAGGAGUUCAUUCCCAGGGGUGACCGGUAUGACGGAUUACGAGCUUGCAUUGGUGAAUCUAUGUGUCUUGAACUGCACAAGCUCAGAGUCUUCAUGGUCGGCUGUGGUGCCAUAGGCUGUGAGAUGUUAAAGAACUUUGCUCUGCUUGGGGUUGGAUUGGCCAAGUGCUCAGGAGAGGUUUGCAUUACCGACCCGGACCUCAUAGAAAAGUCGAACCUCAACAGGCAGUUUCUCUUCAGACCACAUCAUAUACAAAAACCGAAGAGUACCACAGCAGCAGAAGCAACUCGCGAUAUCAACCCCGACCUGCAGGUGGAUGCUCAUCUCAACAAGGUGUGUCCGGCUACUGACAAUAUCUACAGUGACUCCUUCUAUUCCCGCCUGAACCUGGUGGUCACUGCGCUGGACAACGUGGAGGCCCGGAGAUAUGUAGACAGUCGCUGUGUAUCCAAUCGGAGACCUCUCCUUGACUCGGGCACCAUGGGAACUAAAGGACACACAGAAGUCAUUGUGCCAAAUUUGACUGAGUCCUACAAUAGCCAUAGAGACCCCCCAGAGGAGGAAAUCCCAUUCUGCACACUCAAAUCUUUCCCUUCUGUCAUCGAGCACACCAUCCAGUGGGCCAGAGACAAGUUUGAGAAUGCAUUUGCCCACAAACCCUCCGUGUACAACUUGUUCUGGCAGACCCACUUCUCGGCUGAAGCGGUGCUACAGAGGAUGCAGGCAGGGGAUAGCCUGGAGGGGUCAUUUCAGGUCAUUAAGCUCCUAAGCAGACGACCUAGUCAAUGGGAACAAUGCAUUGCUAUAGCCCGUCUGAAGUUUGAAAAGUAUUUCAAGAGAAAGGCUCUCCAACUGUUGUACUCUUUCCCCCUGGACACAAGGUUAAAAGAUGGAAGUUUGUUUUGGCAAUCCCCUAAAAGACCUCCAGCACCCAUUGAUUUCGACUUGAACGACUCUUUGCACUUCACCUUCAUCAUCAGCACUGCUCGGCUUUUUGCAGGGAUUUAUAACAUCCCUUACUCAGAAAAGGACCUCUCCAAAGAGGCAGUGACCAGGAUUCUCUCAGAUGUCAAGAUUCCUGAGUACAGGCCUUCAGAGAAAUGUAUAGAGACAGACGAGACGGUAAGGAAGCCUGAUCAGACGAAGAUGCCUCAAAGCAGUGAUGAGGAGAGGGAGGCCAUCACACAGCUAGAGCAGGCCAUUGCUGCUGAUGGUGUCACCCCUGAGAGAUUACAGAUGCGGCUGCUGCAGUUUGAGAAGGACGAUGACAGCAACGGCCACAUGGACUAUAUCACGUCAGCAUCUGCGCUCAGAGCGUUGAUGUACUCCAUCGAGCCGGCCGACAGACUCAAGACCAAACGCAUCGCUGGCAAGAUCAUCCCUGCCAUUGCCACGGCAACAGCUGCUGUGGCUGGACUGGUGGCUCUCGAGUUAGUCAAGGUGGUUGGAGGCUACGGGUUUGAAUUUUUCAAAAACUGCUUCUUUAACCUGGCCAUCCCUGUAGUGGUGCUCACCGAGCCUGCACCAGUUAAACGGACACUCAUCAGGGAUGACAUCUACUUCUCCAUCUGGGACUGUUGGACUAUUUUCGGACAUGAGGACUUCACUCUCUCUGACUUGAUGAAUGCAGUGAGGGAGAAGUAUGGAAUUGAACCCAUUAUGGUUGUCCACGGUGUGAAAAUGCUCUAUGUGCCUGUGAUGCCUGGACACUCAAAGAGACUUAAAUUGACGAUGCAGAAGCUGAUCAAGCCAUCAGUGGGCCGCCGCUAUGUCGACCUGACCGUGUCAUUUGCUCCGGAAGCAGAUGGAGACGAAGACCUCCCUGGUCCUCCCGUCAGGUACUACUUCAGCCGCGAUGGAGAGACGCCAUGACACCUUUCAAAAAGUCGUCCGUAAACCUUUUGUGUCCUUACUUCCCUUCCUGUAAAUUGUUGUGCCCCAGUAACCUGGGCCAGGGGUCAAGAGCUUUCCCUCAGGAUUGUAUCUGGCAAGGGCAAAGCUCCUGGCCCCAGCACAAGCCCACUCCCCCUGUACUUCAUGAAGCAAGAAGGAGUCCUGGUCCCAGUUUUUCUAGCCAGUGGAACACGAGACUGCUCGAGUAACACGUACCUGUACCUGUGUACAUAUAUUUUCUCUGUUCUGUUUUCUACUGGUGAAAUGCACAGCUCUGCCUGUGUCGAUGCCUUAAUUGAUAAAUAACCUCUUUCUGUUUGUGGCAGUGAGUCUGACUAAAAACUAUGUUUACAGAAACCUGCAUACUCCCGAAAUAAAGACCCAUGAGUCUCAUAUCUGUUUUAAAUCGGCUCGGACCGCCGGAGCAAUGAAGUGGAUUUGUAGGCAUCAUGUCUUCUUCUUCCUCAGAGUCCUCUCCUUGGGUUUGAAAAUAUUGCUGACAGCAGAAUUAUCCAGUUGCCGGUCAUCUCUCCUCAUAGCAACAGGUCAAGCCAGUAUUUGUUGUUUUUAAAUUCAAGGUUCAUCAGGUCAGUGGACAGUGGCGAAACCACCAAAGAUACUGAUUAUCAUUGAGUCUGCAGACGAUUGUUCUCUUUUCAUCAUCACAUUGAAUGCAUCAUCAAACACAUGUAUAUCACAAGGUAUUGGUAUUGCUCAAACAUUAAAGGGCAACACACACAGCUGCAUCUCGAUGUGCGUCUUCAUCGAUGAGCAUCAGCGUCUCAGAAAAGCAGCAAUUUAAUUCUAUUGCCUCCCAGUCAACUGAUGCAGAUGAUGUGUGGUGCACUUAACAAUGAGAGGAAAACCACCUCUAGUUGUAGCUGCUCGUUUUACCUGUUUCAUUAGGUAACCACUUCGUUAACACGUUUGGGAAAACCAUGUUAAAUAAUAAAGUUCAAUGUUUCACACAGACAUGAAAACACAUCUGGAAUUACACUCCUCUUUUAAAACACCUUUUUUAAGAAAACAAAUUCUUUGCUGUUAAUGUAUUUCUUGCAUUUGUUUAUGGAUGUUUCCAUGCCGUGUAUUUAUUUACUUGUUACUCAUUUUUGUCACUUUUUUUGUGUCAAACUGAGCCUGUGUUGAGCUCUGUUGAGUCUUGGUGCACUGGUUAAUCAACAGCUGGAGGUGUCCAUCGCACACCUCCAGCUGUUGAUUAACUGUUUAUUUCAGUAGAAGGCUGUGACGAGGAUCUUUGAAAUGGUCCUCAUUGGCCUGUGCAAAUUAACAAAGACGUUAAUGUAGUUUUGAGUGGAAUCAUCGAAUAAUGAAAAGAUCCAGUUUCUAUAAUGAAGUUAUCAGACAUAUUCAAGUCUCUGACCAUUACCAGAGGUGGUAAAUUUCUCUUGGCAGAAGAAAAUGUCUCUCAUACUGACAACACUUAUUGUGCAGUGAAUGUCAUAAGUGUAAAACAAAAUAGUUCUAAUGAGCUACAAUGAUAAUGAUGUAUGUUCUUGUGACAGACAACUCAAUCAAUGGUCCAAUAAAAUGUGAGAAUUCAGGAUGUCCUCCAGAUAA